ACGAAUUGUGCGUAUCAGAAAUGGCAGAAACCGCUCCAGCAGCUCCCGCCGCCACUCCUGCUAAGGCACCGAAAAAGAGAACUACCUCUAAGCCCAAGAAGGCCGGUCCUAGCGUGUCUGAUUUAAUCGUAAAGGCUGUGUCGGCUUCAAAAGAGCGCCACGGGCUCUCUUUGGCUGGCCUGAAGAAGGCACUGACGGCUGCUGGCUACGAUGUGGAAAAAAAUAACGCCCGCGUAAAGCUGUCCGUAAAGAGCCUUGUGAACAAAGGCUCUCUAGUGCAGACUAAAGGCACUGGUGCCUCCGGAUCGUUUAAAAUCAACAAGAAGCAGGCCGAGGCCAAGGAGAAGACUGCAAAGAAAAAGGCGACUCCGAAGAAGAAACCAGCGGCAAAGAAGCCUGCUGCCGCCAAGAAAGUGAAGAAGCCAGUCGCUAAAAAACCCGCGGCUGCCAAGAAGACCGCUAAGAAGCCUGCAGCAGCCAAGAAAGCCACCAAGAGUCCUAAGAAAGCGAAGCCGGCUGCAAAGCCCAAAAAGGCAGCAAAGAGUCCUAAGAAGCCGAAGACCCCCAAACCUAAAUCGGCUAAACCCAAGAGUGCAAAGAAGGCGGCACCUAAAAAGAAGUAAUCCGUUUACACGGCUUGAUACUUGUAAAAAAACAAACGGCUCUUUUCAGAGCCACCA